GUGUGUCUGUCUGUCUGUGAGUUGUGCCAAAUAAUAUAGCUGUACUGCAUCAGGCUUUAAGAAUGGGAGCAGAUGGCAGCAUUCAUUUAGAUUUGUCGGUGACGGGUCAAAAGAUGAUAAGGACAGCCAUGGCGUCUUAGAUUUACUUUACCGUUAAUCCAGCCCAGUGUCUUUUUUUACCGUUAUAUUUCAAAUUUUGGACCCACGUAAAGAAACCCUCUACUGCCUUUAGACAAGCGACCAAACGCCUUCACCUCCAAAUGAAUUCCACCCUCAAGUCCGUGGGCGAGAGGGGGAGACUCGUCUUCAAUCAAAAUGUAAAGCUUACGCAGCUCGCGAGAUCCGGCCGACUCGAAGAAGCCGUCAAAAUCUUUGAUGGAAUGACAAGUCGAAACACUGUGACCUAUAACUCCAUGAUCUCGGCGUAUGCCAAGAAUGGUAGAAUAGCCGAAGCGAGGCGUCUCUUCGAUCGGAUGCCCUUCAGGAACUUGAUUUCAUGGAACACCAUGAUUGCCGGAUUCUCCCAUAAUGACUGUGUUCAGGAGGCAUUCGAAUUGUUCGAAAGAAUGCCCAAAAGGGACGUCUUUUCAUGGACUUUGAUGAUUUCUUGUUACGCGCGGAAUGGGGAAUUGGGGAAGGCAAGGUGCCUCUUUGAUCGAAUGCCUGGAGAGAAGAGUUCGGUUUGUUAUAAUGCAAUGGUCUCGGGUUAUGCGAAGAAUAGGAGAUUCGAAGAUGCCAUCAAGUUAUUGAAUGAGAUGCCGUAUCGGGACUUGGUUUCAUGGAACUCGGUGCUUGCAGGGUACACGCAGGAUGAACAGGUGGGACUGGCUUUGAAGUUUUUUGAGGACAUGCCAGAGAGGGAUGUAUUCUCAUGGAACUUAAUGGUUGAUGGCUUUGUUCGAAUUGGUGAUAUGGACACAGCGUUGGAGUUCUUUAGAAGGAUUCCUUGCCCAAAUGUUGUCUCAUGGGUGACGAUGCUCAAUGGUUACUGCAGGAGUGGUCGGAUCAUUGAGGCUAGAAGGCUAUUUGAUCAAAUGCCAGAGAGGAAUGUGGUCUCCUGGAAUGCAAUGAUUGCAGGAUAUGUGCAGAGUUUGCAAAUAGAAGAGGCUAGUAGGUUGUUCAUGGAGAUGCCAGAGAGAAACUCAGUAUCCUGGACAACAAUGAUUAGUGGAUUUGUUCGUGUUGGGAAGCUUAAAGAUGCGAGGGAACUGCUUGAUAGGAUGCCUUUUAAAAAUGUUGCAGCGCAGACUGCAAUGAUCAAUGGGUAUGUUCGGAGUAACAGAAUGGAUGAUGCUCAUCAACUUUUUGAGCAAAUCAGCACACGAGAUGUUGUAUGUUGGAAUACAAUGAUCUCUGCCUAUGCACAAUGUGGAAGAAUGGAUGAAGCUAUGCUAUUAUUCAAGAAGAUGCCAAAAAAGGAUGUUGUCUCUUGGAAUACUAUGUCCGCAGGGUAUGCUCAAGAAGGGCGAAUGGAUGAAGCAGUUGGAAUUUUCGAACAAAUUAGUAAGAGAAAUACAGUCUCAUGGAAUUCUAUUAUUUCUGGAUUCACUCAAAAUGGGUUCUAUACAGAGGCACUUCGGUAUUUUGUGUUGAUGAGGAAGGAGGGCAAGAAACCUGAUUGGUCUACAUUUGCAUGUGGCCUCAGUGCUUGCGCGAACCUUGCAGCUUUACAGGUCGGGAAGCAACUCCACCAACUUCUCCAGAAAAGUGGUCAUGUCGAUGAUUUGUUUGCUGGUAAUGCACUGAUAGCUAUGUAUGCCAGGUGCGGAAGGAUCUCGAGAGCGAGGCAAAUCUUUGAUGAGAUGGGAGUGGUUGAUCUUGUUUCAUGGAAUUCUUUGAUUGCUGCUUAUGCCUUGAAUGGCUAUGGAAGAGAGGCAGUCUCACUUUUUCAAGAGAUGGAGACCAAUGGGGUGAGGCCUGAUGAGGUCACCUUUGUGAGUGUUCUAUCAGCCUGCAACCAUGCAGGAAUAGUCGAUGAAGGACUAGAUUUGUUUAACGCCAUAAGCAGAGCCUACUUAAUUAGACCUGUGGCUGAGCAUUACGCCUGUGUCGUCGACUUGCUUGGCCGAGCAGGGAGAUUGGAAGAAGCAUUCAAACUCGUGCAGGGAAUGCCGAUCAAGGCAACUGCUGGUAUAUGGGGUGCCUUACUUGGGGCUUGCCGGAUACAUAAGAAUCCAGAGCUUGCGAAUUUUGCUGCUGAGAAGCUAUUUGAACUCGAACCCCACAAGACUUCAAACUAUGUGCUGUUGUCAAACAUACAUGCUGAGGCAGGUAGAUGGGAUGAGGUUGAAAGAGUGAGGGUUUUGAUGAAAGAGAGAGGAGUGCAGAAGCAACGUGGCUGCAGUUGGAUUGAAAUUAAGAACAACGUCUGUGCCUUUUCCUCUGAUGAUUCAACACAGCCAAGAACAGCAGAAGUGUGCACUGUUUUGGAGACAUUGAAUGCACAGAUGAGAAAUACAGGGCUUAUGGCUGGUUCAUGUCAAAUAGAAUGUGGAUGACAUUUGGGCUUAAAUUCACAAGGAUAUUAUCAAUGCUUCUUGUUAUUCUUCACCGAGAAUGCUAUGCUCUUAAAUGAA